AUGCCUAAACACGCUUUCUCGGCUGUCACGGUCCAAAUAGAUCGAUUGACGAGCGAGCAAUACGAGGAGAAUGAUGUCGGUGGUAUUGUUGAUCUCAUUGAAGUCAUUCGCAUCCAGGCAUCUGGUCCUACGGAAGCAGCACGAGCUUUGCGAAAGAAGCUCAAGUACGGCAACGUACAUCGCCAGAUCCGCGCCCUAGUCAUCCUAGACGCUUUAAUCCAGAAUGCUGGUACCAGGUUCCAGAAGGCUUUUGCAGACGAGCCCCUUCUCGAGCGACUUCGUAUUCUAGCCAGGGACGACACGGUUGAUGCGGAUGUUAGGCAGAAGGCCAACGUUCUAUUUCGAGGAUGGGCUGUUGCAUACAAGGGAACGCCUGGACUUGAGCGAAUAGCAGCACUACACAAAGAACUCCCUCGUACCAAGCGUCCCCAACCACAGCAAUCUCGAAUUGUGCGACAGCAAGACGCCGAGGCCGCACGUGAGCGCGAGGAUAACUCGCCCUCUCCUCCUCGAAACAGGCGGCCGGAGCCACAACAGGCGUCAUCGUCAAGAACCAGUACACCUAUUGUACUCGGCGCUGGUACUCCUCUCCCAACCACCUCACUGUUCAGUAGAAACAAGAAAGACAAGAAGAAGACCAAAGGCCAGCCAUUCAAUCUGGAGAGGGAGAAAGGACAAAUGCUCGAAACGAUGGCAUCGGCAAACGUCGCUAGCACAAACUUGCUCAAUGGAUUGCAGCUCAUCAACCGUGAGCAAGAGCGGGUUAGCGACAAUCCAGAAGUGAUGCGACGUUUCGAGACCUGCAAGCAGCUUCGUCGCCAAAUCUUGCGUUAUAUCCAUUUGGUUGAGUCAGAGCAAUACAUUGGCGGUCUUCUUAAUGCCAACGACGAGCUAGUCAAGGGUCUCAUGGCAUUCGAAAUCAUGGACAAGAGCAUCGAUGACGACAGUGACAGCGACAAUGAGGGCAACGUAUCUGCUGCUAUGGCCAGCAUGAACAUGAACGAGUCGGCUCCUCCAAAGCCACCCCGGCCAACGAGCAUCCCUAUGCCUCCUCAGCGUGUCGAGCCAGACAGUGAGCCAGAGGAGGAUGAGGAUGACCCGUUCGGAGACAGCAACGCUGUCAAAACGCCAUUCGCUGAGAAGAGCCAGCCGACUUGGAGAGACGUCUGA